AUGGCUGAGGCCAGUAUUUCAGUAGCUCAGGAUCAUUUCAGCUGUCCAGUGUGUCUGGAUCUCCUGAAGGAUCCGGUGACUACCCCCUGUGGUCACAGUUUCUGUAAGGUGUGUAUUAAUGGCUGCUGGGAUCAGGAGGAUCAGAAGGGCGUCUACAGCUGUCCUCAGUGCAGAGACACUUUCACUCCAAGGCCUGUUCUUCGCAGAAACAACAUGCUGGCUGAAGUGAUGGAGAAACUGAAGAAGACUGAAGUCCAAGCUGCUUCUCCUGCUCACUGUUACACUGGACCUGGAGAUGUGGAGUGUGAUUUCUGCACCUGGAAAAAGCGCAAAGCCAUAAAGUCCUGUCUGGUGUGUGUUGCUUCUCUUUGUGAAAAUCAUUUUAAAUCACAUCGUGAAAUUCCUGCUUUGAAAAAUCAUACAGUAGGUGAAGCCUCAACAAAUCUACAAGAAAAGAUCUGCUCUGAACAUAACAAGCUGAUUGAGAUUUACUGCCAUACUGAUCAAACCUGCAUCUGUUAUUUGUGUAUGAUGGAUAAGCACAAAGGACACGACACUGUCACAGCCGCAGCAGAAAGAGCUGAGAAACAGAGUGAGUUAAAGGAGGAUCAGAUGAAAUUCCAGCAGAGAAUCCAGGAGAAGCAGAAGAAGGUGCAGGAGCUGAAACAGACUGUGAACACUAUAAAGCUCAGUGCACAGACAGCAGUAGAUGACAGUGAGAGGAUCUUUACUGAGAUGAUCAGCUCCAUGGAGAAAAAGCGCUCGGAGGUGACGGAGCUGAUCAGAGCUCAGGAGAAGGCUGAACUGAGUCCAGCUGAACGACUCCUGGAGCAACUGGAGCAGGAGAUUGCUGAUCUUCAGAGGAGAGACACUGAGAUGGAGCAGCUUUCACACACACACGAUCACAUCCAUUUCCUCCAGAGUUUCCAGUCUGUCUCUUCUGGACACGAGGACUCAAGCAUCACUGUUAGUCCACGUCUCUCAUUCGACGAUCUGAGGAAGUAUCUCUUGGACAUGAAAACGCAACUUGAGGAAUUUUGCCCUGCGGAAUUUAAAAUCUCUCUCUGUGAUUCUCCGGUUCAGAUGACAUCAGUCUCAGAGCCAGAGAGCAGGGAAGACUUUUUGAAAUAUUUCCGUUUUCUGACUCUGGAUCCCAACACGGUAAACCAGCACAUCAUUCUGAGUGACGACGACCGAAUGCUGAGACACAGCUGGAGAGACCCGGAGUACUUUGACCAUCCAGAGCGGUUUGACUACCAGUGGCAGGUGCUGUGUGAGGAGAGAGUGUGCGGACGUACUUACUGGGAGGUGGAGUGGAUGGAAGAGGACAAUGUGGAAAUAGCCGUGGCGUACAGAGGGAUCAGCAGGAAAGCACAACAAAACGAAUCUCUCUCACUCUCUUUGUCACCCUGUGAGUUCAGGAAAAUGGCUGAAGCUAGUAUUUCAGUAGAUCAGGAUCAGUUCAUCUGUCCAGUGUGUCGGGAUCUCCUGAAGGAUCCGGUAACUACCCCCUGUGGUCACAGUUUCUGUAAGGUGUGUAUUAAUGGCUGCUGGAAUCAGGAGGAUCAGAAGGGCGUCUACAGCUGUCCUCAGUGCAGAGACACUUUCACUCCAAGGCCUGUUCUACGCAGAAACAACAUGCUGGCCACAGUGAAGAAUCUGAAUAAGACUAAAUUCCAAGCUGCUUCUCCUGCUCAAUGGAGAACCAUUGGACCUGGAGAUGUGGAGUGUGAUUUAUGCACCAGGAGAAAACACAAAGCCGUCAAGUCCUGUUUGGUGUGUGUGGCUUCUCUUUGUGAAACUCAUCUGAAACCUCACUAUCUAUCUCCUGCUUUUAAGAACCACACAUUAAUCGAAGCCUCAGCAAAACUAAAAGAGAAGAUCUGCUCUGAACAUGAGAAGCUGAUGGAGAUGUACUGUCGUACUGAUAAAACCUGCAUCUGCUUUAUGUGUACGAUGGAUAAACACAGAGGACAUGACACUGUCACAGCUGCGGAAGAAAGAGCUGAGAAAGAGAGUGAGUUAAAGGAGGAGCAGAUGAAAUUCCAGCAGAGAGUCCAGGAGAAGCAGAAGAAGGUGCAGGAGCUGAAACAGACUGUGAACACUAUAAAGUUCAUUGCACAGACAGCAGUAGAUGACAAUGAGAGGAUCUUUACUGAGAUGAUCAGCUCUAUGGAGAAAAAGCGCUCGGAGGUGACGGAGCUGAUCAGAGCUCAGGAGAAGGCUGAACUGAGUCGAGCUGAACGACUCCUGGAGCAACUGGAGCAGGAGAUUGCUGAUCUUCAGAGGAGAGUCACUGAGCUGGAGCAGCUUUCACACACACAUGAUCACAUCCAUUUCCUCCAGGCUUUAGCUUCUGGACGUCGGUCUUCUCUAUUUGACAGACCAAAUUUUGACGGGUCCAGCGUCACUGUCCCUCAACAUCUGUCAUUUGAUGGAGUGAGGAAUUCUCUCUCAGAUCUGAAGAAGAGACUGGAGGAAUUCUGUGAGGAGGAACUCAACAAAAUCCCUCCACAUGCUGUAGCAGUUCAGAUUAUUUCAAUACCAGAGCCUCAGAGCAGAGAAGAGUUUCUGGAAUAUUUCUGUUAUCUGACUCUGAAUCCCAACACGACACAUCGUAUCCUUAUUCUGUCUAAGAAGAACAGAAUGGUGAGAGUCAGUAAAGGAGAGCAGCAGUACUCUGAUCAUCCAGAGAGAUUUGACUCCUGGCCUCAGGUGUUGUGUAAGGAGAGUGUGUGUGGACGCUGUUACUGGGAGGUGGAGUGGAGCGGUACUGGUGUUGUGUUGAUAUCAGUCUCAUAUAAAGACAUCAGCAGGAAAGGAGAUGAUGAUGAGUGUGGGUUUGGAAACAACAAUCAGUCCUGGAGUCUGCGAUGUUCUUCGUCUUCUCUCUCUUUCUAUCACAACAACGUUCAGACUGAUCUCAGAGUUCCAUCAUCCUCCAGAAUAGGAGUGUAUGUGGAUCACAGUGCAGGAACUCUGUCCUUCUACAGCGUCUCUGACACCAUGAAGCUCCUCCACAGAGUCCACACCACAUUCACUCAGCCUCUAUACGCUGGGUUUGGAACUGACUGUUUGUUUGGUUUUAUAUCUGUGAGAUUGUGUGAUCCAAAAUAA